AUGGAUCCGCUUCCGGCCGCAGCAGUCUGGGCGGCAGCUGAGGCGGAGGCUGGCAAGGAGGCGGAUCCCCAGGCGGCAGGUAGGGCGCGGGGCUGCGGCAGCACUCACCUGCUCUGGUCCCGCGGCCCGACCACCCUCGGCGGGAGGGGCUCAGCCGCCGUGCGCGGUCCCCGACUCGUUUCCUGCCCCCGCGCCCGGCGUUCGGCCCCGCGCCUCAGUCCCUCGGGGGUCCCCCAGCAUUCCCGCGCGCCUGUUCUUUGGGGGUCCCUCUGCUCUUCCGCGCCCUUGUCCGUUGGGGAUACCCCUGCCCUCUCGCACCCCCGUCCCUCGGGGGUCCCCCUGCCCUCCCGCGUCCCCGUCCCUUGGGGGGUCCCUGUGGCCUCUCGCGCCUCCGUCCCUAGGGGUCCCCUGCCCUCCUGCGCCGGGAAAGCCCUGUCCAGGUUACAGCUGGCCGCGCUCCGAGGCGCCUUUCUGGGGCUCUCAGAGGCGUCCUCGGCGACAGUUUCCUCCUCGCCCCUGUCCUGGUGCCCUGGUCUUGUGCCCUGCCCGGUCACGCUGAGCCAUGGCCCUGGGGGCACCUUUCCUGGACUUGGACGCCUUUCCCAACCACCUACCUUCUCUCAAGCUCGUCAGGUGGCGGGACACAUCCAUGUGCAGCUCGAUGUUGGUGUUCUCCAGCUCCACCAGGCUGCGCUGCAUCUCCAUCUGCUCCUUGAAGGCCCUGAUGAGCUGUGCCUGGAUCUUGUUCAUCUGUACGUGGCUAUCCUCCUCUGCGUCAUGGGACAGCAUCGGGACUGCGGGCAGGAAGGGAGCUGGCUGCACCAGGAGCAAUGCUACUUAAGCCAGAUGGAGACCAUGAAAAGACAGGAUACCUCGGGGCAGCUCCUGUCCAUAUAGCCCCCAGCAAGUGCCGGCCAUGGACCAGGCCUGAGCUGCAGAAGGAAUCCGAUGGGAAGCGGAAGCAGGAGGGCAUUGGUGGUUAAGACAGCAGGCUUUGCCAGGCAAGGUGGCUCACAUCUGUAA